CCGGAACUUUUAUUUUAGUUCAUGAAUAUCUUUGUCAAACUCGUUUUAGUCGUUUUCAUAGUUUCCCUAGCUCAAUCUAGGGAAAUUGUAAGCAAUGUGAAAUCAUCCAAGCUAAACGAGAAGAUUCUAUACGACUGUGUGGAUAUAUAUAAACAACCUUCAUUAAGCCAUCCACUACUAAAAAACCAUAAAAUCCAGAUGGAGCCAUCUUUUUCAAACUUAAAACCUAAAAAGCAAGUGAAGAAUAAAACUGAAAACAGAAUAAGAGUUGAGUGUCCAAAUGGAACAGUACCUAUAUUGAAAAAUACAAAAAAAUAUGUCGCAAAUGCUCAAUAUUGGGCUGAGAGACACUUCAACCCGCUCACAGACGAAAGCCAUGGGAAACAUAUUGCUGGAGUUAGAGAACAAGGUCGAGGUCCUUACCAUGGUCUGGCAGCUUGGCUGAGUGUGCAUGAUUUAAACGUUAGUAGAGACCAAGCUUCAUAUGCAAACAUAUAUGCUGGCAGUGUAUUAAAUAACAAAACUAAUUUUAUCGAAACCGGCUGGAUGGUAAAUCCAAGUUUAUUUGGUGAUGGACAAACAUGGCGUUUUGGCUUUUGGAAGGGUGCCGAUGGAGCAGGAUGUUAUAAUACAAUAUGCCCUGGUUUUAUUCAAGUGUCACAAACUGACCUUUUGUCUGGCCCUAUUCCUCAUCCCCGAAAAGGAGACAGAGCUGUUUUUCCUAGUAUUGUACAGGAUGAAGUAUCAGGAAAUUGGUGGACAACACAUGUACGAAACUUUAGAAAAGAUAUAGCUAUUGGUUAUUGGCCAAAAGAACUAUUUGAUAUAAUAGGUCAUAGUGUGGACAUGGUUGGAGUUACGGGAGUUGUCCAAGCUUCUCCUUCGGGAAUAAGCCCACCAAUGGGUAAUGGUCAUCUACCAACUAAAAAUGAAGAUGAAUCAGCGCGGGUUAAACACCUCUUAACUGUAAACUCUAAAUUUAAGAUCAAAGAACGUGACAUAAAUGAAUUAGUUAAGUUAUUAGACAGCAACAAAUGUUACGGAUUAAGAGAUGGAAAGAAAAGAUUUAUCCUCAUAGAAUCUAAUUUGUUCACAUAUGGUGGACCUGGAGGAACAUCUUGUUGAAAAUGAUUAUAAAAUAAUA